AACAAAUGACUGAGUCGCCACCCCCAGCUUCUCCAGUAUCAUCCAACGGGAACGAUGAGGAAAUUGUAGACGACAGAACUCCAAGAGCUUCUGAAGUUUUUUCCCUGCCAGCUGGUCGUCAGGCUAGAGCUUUAUAUAACUUUGAGGGUGAAACUGUUCAAGAAUUGUCUUUUAAAGCUGGUGACGUGCUUAAUGUUUUAAAAGAACGCCUUGCUGAAGGAUGGUCGUUGGCUGAAAAGGAUGGUAAAACAGGACUUGUUCCUGAUGCUUAUAUAACAGUAAAUUCCAUGGAUUCAUCUACAGUAUUGUCAUCUAAUGGUCCUCGUAGCAGUACUAUGUUGGGCAGAAGACAAUUAAAUCGAUUUAGCUGGUUUGUCACUACGGGUGUUGAGGAAUUUAUUUUAAAUGGCGGAGAGCCGCUAAUAGAUAAUAAUAGUCCUGUCCAUAGCGGUCCAAGUUGGCAAGAGAAAGCACCUAUUUUCAAAGUUUUAAUUCAUCAUCCAGAGAAGCGCGUAAAACUCGGUGGUGUAUCCGAGUACACAAUAUUUCAUGUCACAUCAUCGUUUGCGAACGGUGUUCAAGUUACUGUUGAAAGGAGAUUCAGUCACUUUGAGUGGUUAUAUAACUGUUUAUCUUCUAAAUUCGGUGCGCUUAUUCUUCCACCCCUACCAGAAAAACAAUAUUCCGGACGUUUCAACGAGGGAUUUAUAGAAAAACGUCGUCGUGCGUUGGAGCGAUUUAUCAAUCGUUUGGCUCGUCACCCUGUUAUUCGAUAUUCAGAUUUAUUAACACAUUUCUUAAGUUGUGAAGACGAAUCGGAAUGGCGUAAGCGUGAAAAACAAUUUGAAGCUGAGAGAAUUGUUGGUAACACUUUUUUUCAACACGUUUAUCAUCCUGAAUUUAAUGUGGACGAUGGUGAUAUUGAAACAAUGGAACGGUUUGAAGCGCAUGCACGUGCCAUGGAAAAAUUAAUGCCUUGGAUAAACGAGGCUUCACAAGCACACAAAGAUUCUAUUUAUGAAAUGCAACGCCAAUAUCGCAGAGUGAGCUUUGCUUUGUUAAGGCUCAUCACGGGUCAUAAUGCUGAUGAUGGAUUUGAAUCUACAAACGAGGAUGGUGCCUGGUGUUGGAGGGAUGGGUGUCACGCUUGCCUUAGUCUUACAAAGGCACUCCAAUCCACUGCAAAAGAAACAGUCGUUCCAUGGAUCGAAAGUUUAAGAGAAUACAGUUAUCCAUCUAGUAAUUGCGAGGCUUUAGUAGAUAUGCAUAUGGGUGCUUACAAAAAGUUCAAAGAUGUGUCGGAAGAAAAUGAAAGUUUACACCACUUAGGGGACAUAGAUGGUGAAACAAUUCGUUCUCGAUGUGACACAGUAUUCAAUGUCACUCUUGCAGAAGUGGACCGAAUUCAUGAAGAGCGUGUUCAAGAUUUCCAGGAAAAUACAAAACAGUAUUUGGAUGGACAAAUUGAAUAUUAUGAGAAGAUACUUGAAGAGCUUCGCCAAGCUCGAUCUGCCUUUGAUGAACCUCAUUAUACUGCCCUCUCACAAUCUGCUCGAACUCCUAGUCAAUAUGAGACAAUGAUCGACGAUCAACGACCAGUAUUAUCGCGCCCAGUUUCCGUAAAUACAGUCAGUUCCGUAUCUGAU